AUGGUCAACCUCCUCGCCUACGGCCUUGCCGCUGCGCUCACAUGCCAGCAAGCCCUCGCAGUUCCCACCAACAAGUACUACAACCCAAAGACCAACUACCCAACCUGCAAGAACCGUAAAUCGCAAGUCGCAAACUUCGAUGAUCUCCAGGGAAUUCCAGGCAACUUGCUGAACCCCAUUCCAUCUGGGUACCAGGGUCUGCUCUACCAAGGUUUCUCCUUUUCAACUGUCAUUGCUACUGGCACUGGCCUCCAGCCAGGUGUUGCACCACACUCUGGCACAAACUACGCUGCCGCCAACCUCGUCACUCAACUCCAAGGAACACCAACCAUCACCACAUUCUUCCCAGGAAGUCAAACGAAAUCCUUCGACCUCGAGAGCUUCUACUUCGGAUGUGCUACCAUGCUCGGUCAGGGUGCUGCAGCUAUCCCUGCCGCAUGCAACAUCCAAGUCACUGGUUACCAAGGAAGCGACAACUCGGUCAGCAAUGCUAAGCAGAUCUGCUCGAGACAAUUCCAAUACAACCCAACAACCGCGCUCGGCACUGUCGAGCAGGCUUUCAGCGGCAAGAUCAAUGGCUGCAAAGACCUCUCCUUCGCGAUUGUCACCUUCUCGCCUCCAGGGGGCUUGGCUGUUACCUCCCCUCUGCUGGCUGUUGUCCUUGAUGACAUCAAGUACUCCACUUGCAGCAAGUAA